AUGUUGUCAGAAAACUGUCAAAACAAAAUUUCAUGGAUCAGAGUAUUGUGCGAUACCUGCAAUUUCUACAUUUAUUUAAUAAACAAUGGAUGCAAAAGACGUGUGUGUGGAAAUAGAGAACGAUGAGUUCUACAGUAAGUUCCUUGUCGAUACCGUUAAGCCCUUAGUUGGCGAAAACAUAUCAGUCUCCGAUCAAGUCGCAAGACUAAGUCAAGGCAUAGAAAAACUCGGAAAGAGCUUGGAAAAACAAGUCCUAGCAAAACACAAUGAUCUACUAACACAGGCGAGCCAUAUAUCCGAUUUAGAGACAACUCUGGCAUCCGUACAAUCACAAGUCCAAGGAUUGUUACGUGGCGCCGAAAAACUUAAAGAUAGAGUCAACACACCGCACAGAGCGCUUGAAGAGCAAACGCUUAUGCUUGAGCGAGUCCAAACAACAUGUAAUUUACUGAGACACACAGCGAAGAUACUGUUUUUGUGGAAUAAACUGGCUAAUAUUAAAGAUAACCCACCCAAAGAAGCUAUCGUCCUGUUUGAGCUGAACGAACUAAUCGGUGACUAUGAUUUUGAAGGUAUUGUGAUCCUAGAGGAAGUACUGAAAGAAGUCGAGCACAGAAAAAAGGAGUUGCUAAACAACUCUACUGCACUUUUACAGUCAAGUUUGCUAAAUGGAGAGAAGGAAAAAUUGUUGCAAUGCUUUAAAGUCUUCCAUAAUUUACAGUGCACUAAUGAUCAGAUCCGAAAUACUGUCGACAGCAUCCUAAGUGACCUUAAGAAGGAGAUCAGAGCUGGUUUGAAUGUACAAAUGGUUUCUAUUGAAGUAAAAAAGUCAAGUUCAGGCAGAGUUGCACCAGGAAAAGCAAAUAUAAUGAAUGCACAAGACUUCAAGAUUAAACUUUGGGACAAUAUUGAAAAGUUAUUCAAAGUAGACAUCUAUAAUAGCUGCACAAAAGUAAUCAUGCUUCAGAAUGUUGUCAAUGAACUACAUGCCAUUGGAAACUUCCGGAACAUUGCCAAGACAUUUUGGUCUGAUUUGUGUACUGUGUUCAGCAGUGAACUGGACAAGAGUCCACUCAAUGUGAACCAGUCUGUAGAGAUUGACUUCCCAAGACUACUGAAGUGCUUUAAUGAUUUACUGGCUAAACUCAAAUGCAAAGACUUGGAGAUAAACAGGUCUUCAUUGGUAAAAUGGGAGAACUCAUUCUUGUCCAAGUCUCUUGGGAAGCUAUUGGAGCCUGUAAGAAGCAUGUGGCAUUUGAACCCUGUGCCGAACAUGGAUCAGCUUGACGGUGCAGUCAGAACCAUUGCUGAAGCUCUAAGCAUUUCACUCGGCGACAAACAACUAAGCAUAAGCUUAGCCAACAGUGUGGCAAAAUGCAUUAAACAAAUGAAUGUUGAGGCAGAACAGAGAAUAAAUCUAGACAGUGAUGUAGCACAGAUUGUUGAGCCACCAACAAGUGCCCAGCAGAAAAAUGCAGAACUCUGCAAUGCUUUAUAUUACUUCUCAUCUCAAAUAAAACGGGUUUUAAUCAACAUGAACUCAAUGUUGCCUCAGGAGAGUGCUCAGAUUGUCCAAAACAGUCUUAAAGACAUCACAAGCAUGCCAGUUCUACAAUUAUUUACAGAAUCAAUUAAGAACUCUCUUUUCAUAAUCUUAAUGACAAUGCAUGAUGAGCCAGACCUGACACGCUCUGAUGAUCCUGCCGGCAAAUCUCUGUCCUGCUCACCGUACAUGAAAGAGCUGCAACAAUUUGUAUCUAGAUGCAAAGAUAUAUACCUCUCAAUGUUCCAUGAGAAAGCAGCCCUAAACUCCUGCUGCGUUACCAUCGCAAAGAUGACCGUUGAACGAUUUAUACAGCAUGUCUGUAACGUGAAAUCUUUAAGUAAAUUUGGAAGACUAAAGCUACAAAUAGAUUGCAAGCAUUUAGAAAUCGCAUUAUCACCUUUAGUAGAUAUGUCAGAGUUAGACAACUACAGACAGCUGAAAGCGCUAAGCUUGCUACUGGAGAAGACUCCUCAAGAUAUAGCGAAAAGUCAAACAGAAGGAGCAUCACUUCCGUAUUCCUUAGUUAUGAUGUAUCUCUUUUCUUUUGCUGGUCCCCAGCUACUAGCUCCACAUUCAUGUGCCGGCUGGAACAUCCAGAAGUUGAUGCAAUGGCUGGAUUCUCACCGUAAAGAGAAGGAGAGGUUAGACUUCGUAGCUGGUGCGCUGCAGCGCUACCAGAACCAUGUGCGGCAGAACCAGAUCGCGACUUAUGAUGAGGUGUAUCCAAUAUUAUUGCAGUUGCUAGAAGAUGGAAGGGAAGCUGCUAAGAAACAGGAGAAAUAAGAUGCAAAUGACAUUAGUUUUAAGACUAGGUUAUUUUAAAUGAAAUGUAAAAGUUAUUAGAUGUAAGAACCUAUCACUGUUUUAACACCAUUUUAGUAUUACCAGGGGCGGCUCACUCCGCGAUUCUAUCGCCGCGCUACAAGUACAUGCUGGCGGCCGCGAGUUCGCGGCCUAAUCAGGGGUGGCUCGCGUUCUCACGGAACGCAGGUUCGCACUUUCUA